UCGCAUGACCAUCGCUCGUUAUCGUGCGAGUCCUGUGACAGCCUGAGCGUGCUAGCGGUGGAGCAACAGCUGCGUCAAAUGCAACAGCAACUGAACGAGAUCAGUGUGAUCCCGAUGCAGAUCCAGGCGACGCUUAGCUUCCUCACGCAAACGCUGACCAAGUUUGCGCCUCCCGAGCUGCAGCAACAGCUCCCAGAGGCUCUUCGUGCGACAUCUGCUCAAGGACAAGCGCAAGAUGUGCAUGGCGCCGACAUCGUUAUCCACGUGGAACCCUCAGGCGAGGAAGAACCAUUGGGAGAUGAUGAACAGCAGGAAGAGGACGCGAUAACGUUGAAGUCCUUGUUCGACGAGUCAGUGGUAUUGGACACGGUACCAGUACGGGAUGAAGACGAUGCUGACGCACAGUCUGAUGAGGAAGACGAAGAGCCGGAAAUUAGUGAGGAGGAACGUUCGCGCAUCGAGAAAGUCGAACGAAUCAUCAAACUUCAACAAACCUGGCCUUGGAGCCAGAAGGAAAAACCAAUUCACAAACGUUCGAAUUGCCAUCUGGUGCCGAGUGUGGCUCUGGAACGCUCGAAAAUCAAACAGUUGACGAACCUUGAGUCGUUGCCUUUCUACAAGCAUGGAUAUCUCACACGUGUCUGA